CACUAUUUCCCACCAAGGCGCUUUAAACGAAUCGCACUAACUUUUGUAUAAAAUUCGGAUUAAAAAGUGAAAAUAAGGAGAACAGCAAAAUGGCACACUUCGUGCACAACCCAUCGGAACAGAACUACUAUUUCAAGAACUCCAUUGCCUACACAGAAGACCACAUUCCAGUGCAGAAGCUCUACAUGUUCAAGAUCCCAAAGGAACUGAAUAAAGCUACGCUUUAUUUGCACUUCUCGAAUUUUGGGCGCGUUUUGCGCAUGCAAUUCGUGGGGAAUAAUGGCGGUAGACCGCCAAACCGCUUCCAUUUCAAGAGUGGCUGGGUUUUCUACGAGAAGACACUGGACGCUGCCAAAGCCUUGCACAGCCGUAUACACGAUGUGAACGGGUGUCGAUUCAAUGUGCAAGCCAGUGACAGCUGGCACCAGCCAGAUGCCUACGGAGCAGACGCCCAGGAUGCGGAAGCGGAGCAACUGGAUCCGACAAUUUUGAAUCUCAACGAUUACUGCUUGGAGAUGGUGAUGCUGUAUCUCCCGAUGCACGACCAGAUGGUCUUAACGCGUACAUGCCUACGCUUCCGUGCUGUCUACCAGCAGGCCACGGCCAGACUUCACAGAUCUAUUGACUUGCACGACUUUGCGAACCUCACUGUGUGGGACCUUCGCGAGUUUUUCAACCUAUCCGGAACGUAUGUUCAGCACAUAACCGGCGAGAUUCCGCCUCUCCGCCGCUCUCAGCGCUUGUGCGACUUUCUGUCGACCAAUUGCUUGAAUUUGAAAACCUUAACGCUGCACAACAGCCCGCUGACACCGCGAAACAUGUACAAGAUAUUCGCCAAGAUGACAAAGCUGGAGGCGUUGGAGCUGCCUCAGAAUAUGCUGACUGACGAGGGCAUCUCGGCCCUCAAGAACUGUCGCAGCCUGAAGACGCUCAAUAUUUCUGGCAACCAAAUUAUCGGAGCAUCCCUAGUCAAGCUAUCCCCAACCAUUGAAUCUCUGACGCUCUCCGGGUGCCCUCGCUUUCAGGGCCACUAUCUGUCCAACAUCUGCAAGGUGUUGACCAACCUAAAGACCCUUAACUUGAAGGGCAUUGACACAAUGACCUUUGACGUCUUUCAAACGAUGAUCAAGGAUAACUCGGGCGCUUCUUUGGAGGUACUGCGCAUAAGCGCCGGGCCAAGGGAGACGUACGAGUACGUGGCCCAGCUGCCAAACCUUAAGAGCUUGGCCAUCUAUAUCGACCUGCCUGGCCGCACAUUGCGCUCGGAGCUCUUCCAUCAGCUGGCCGAGCACAAGGCCGAGAAGCUGGAGCGCCUAGAGGUGUAUGGAGGCUCCGACUUGUCCCCGGACCUGUUUCUUCUAAUUGCCAAACUAAGAGGCCUGCGCAUUCUUAUCCUACCCGAAGUCCUGGCCAUGUCUGACACUGCCCUGACGACGUUUUCAAGCCUCAAAAUGCUGGAGCAGAUCAACCUAAAGUGCAGCAAGCUGCACGACUCAUCGGUCUUUUUUCUCUUCGACGCUUGCCCCAAGCUGCACAUCCUCGGCCUGGAAAAUUGCGAAGACAUUACCGAGAAGCUGGUGCAUGGAAUCUUCAAGAAGGUGCGCGCGGACAUUGACAACAAGGAGAAUCAACGCAGAUUGCCAGUUCAGCUCUGUGUCUCGGGCACACUAGUCUGUGUCUCGGGCAUACAAGUCAAGCAUCCUCCCGAUGUCAAGCCCAAAGAUAUCCUCGAGGUGAAGUACCAUUACGAUUGUCUCGAUGAUGCCAUGGACUUUCCCAGCGUGUUUCAAGGCCAUGACUUUGGGCAGUAUGACUUUGGGCAGUAUGACUUUGGGCAGUACGAUCUGUACGAGCUGGACGAUCUGGACGAUCUGGUCGAUCUGGAUGAUCUGGACGAUGAUUUAGACAGCGAUGCCGAGUCGGACUAUUACGGCGAUGACAUGUUCAAUGAAUUCGAAUUCAUAAGCGGUGACGACUCUGACUAUGAGAUUGGCGACCACCCACCCGGAUGGUACUUCAUGUCCUUGGACUGAUCUGCCACAUCGCUGCAUUGAUUUUGAUUAAUUUAAACACACAUUUAGAUUCAGGAAUUUCCCCACUGUUGAGUUCCAAAAUGGACUACUUAUUAUGGACGAAUAAAGAAGCUCGAAUGGACAAUCGUAGUAUUGUAUUU